UCUUUUUCAAUAUCUCUUCCAUACAACUUCCAUACUCUCACAUGUAAAAAAAUUUUGUUUGAAAUUCUUUUAAAUAUAUACAAAGAUAGAUCGGUGAGCUGAGCUGCCGACGAUGCCGCAUCCCAGGCAUCAGUUAAGAUCCAGCGGCUGGGGCUGCACGCACGUGAAGCGCGGCAACAUGUAUCUGAUUAUAACGGUGGGCCUCCUGAUUCUGCACAUCGCACUCCUGCCGAUAUAUCUCUAUCUGACAUGGCACCACAAGUAUUGGCGUAAGCGUGGAUUGAUCACAGCCCGCCCGCUCACUCUGCUGGGCACCUAUCCGGGCAUAUUGACGCGCUCGCGUAAUCUCGUGCAGGACGUUCAGAAAGUAUACAACAAGUACAAAGGAAAGCAUCGCGCCGUGGGCGUCUUCGUCACCCGUCAGCCCCAAAUACUGGUACUCGAUCCACUGCUGGCACACGAAGUACUCGUAACAAACUUUCGAUGCUAUCGGGACUCCCUACCUAGUGAUUACAUCAAACACGCUAGAAGCGAUAAAUAUGCGCGUCGUAAUCCCUUCUGGGCUUCAGGAGAGACUUGGCGCAUUCUGCGUUCGGAUGGUCAGGCGGGCAUCUGUACCCACCGACUGAAACAGGCGUAUUCCAUCUGGGAGCAUAGUGGAAAGAAGCUGAUGGAGUACUUGACCGAGCAGGUAUCGCUCCACAACAAUGUUGUGGAGGCACGAGACCUCUGCUUUCGCUACACUGCCGAUGUUAUGGCUGACUUUAUUUGGGGCAUCGAUGUCGGCACACUGACUCGUCCCGGAGAGCGAAAUAAGAUUCAGGAAAUGGCCAGCAAGUGGACCAACUAUGCCUUCUAUAUGCUAUCUAUUUUCAUGGCCUCUAUAGUAGCACCCAUAAGUCGCCUAAUCUUGCGUUUGCGUUUCUAUCCGAAAGAUACAGAUGAUUUCUUCUCUAAUCUUACCCAUGAGUCCAUCCAGCUUCGUCUCAGUGCUGGCGACUCCUGCAACCGCAAUGACUAUCUUUCCCAUUUGCUGGAGCUGCGUGAGCUUAAGAACGCCAGUCACGACGAUCUGGUGGGUCACGCAUUGACUGUCAUGCUGGACGGAUACGACACUACGGGAGCGGCUUUACUACAUGCGCUCUAUUAUCUCUCGGGAAAUUCCCAGGCACAACAAAAGCUGCGAAACGAACUUUUGCAGAAUUUGAACAGCGACAAAAGUAUUAGCUACGAACAGCUCUGUGGCUUGCCCUAUCUGGAACAGUGUGUCUAUGAGUCUUUACGACUGAGCAGUUUGAUACCGCAGUAUACGAAAAUUUGUACGCGUCCCACAAACAUUUUGCUCAACCCCCAAAAGAUAUUGGAGGUGGAGGAGGGCAUGACGAUCAUGAUUCCCAAUUAUCAGUUCCACCAUGACAAACAAUACUUCCCAGAACCGGAGGCCUUUCGGCCCGAACGUUUCGACGGCGGCUUACAUCACGAGCUCAUAAAACUUGGCCAUUUACUACCGUUUAGCGAUGGACCGCGUAUUUGUAUGGGAAGACAUUUGGCGCUGCUGACGCUGAAGUCGGCGUUGUUGCACAUUAUCAGCGAGUUUCAGGUAGUGCGUGGCAGAGAAAAGAUCAGAGUUGGGGGCGACUCAGGUUUCGGGAUUGUGCUGCAAGGCGAUGUAAAACUGGAAUUCCGACAAUUCGUCAGAUGAAUCAAAGUUGUUUCCACCGAUAAUCAGGCUACCAUUGAUUUAUAUUGCUAACUGAAGAAUAAGCGAAAAAUAAAUCCGAUAUCUGUAUUUCAUUUUAAUAUAAUAAAUGUUACUGCUGAAAUUUUAAA